UUCCGCCAAAAAACCAAAGUAAAAUACUCGCUGUGUCAAACAGCGGUUGAGCAGCUUCGUCAUUCGCUUCCUCCGUCGCUGCCACUCUCUCUAUAGUCCACAGAGCCACCGUCUCUCCCUCCGUCUUCUCAACAGUUCCUCCGCGCCACCAGUCAGGGAACCAUGGCCACUAGUAAAGCUGAAGAUCAGAAGGAAUAUGUAAAUGAACAAGCAGUUGCAAAUAAGUUUGCUGCUAUGAGGUCUGAACUCAACCAAAUUUACUCGAAAAUCACAGAGCUAGAGAUGGAAGCAAGCGAGCACUCGUUGGUGAUCAAUGCCAUCCAGCCACUUGAUCCAUCCAGGCGAUGCUACCGGAUGAUCGGAGGUGUUCUAGUGGAGAGAACCAUCAAGGAGGUUCUGCCUGCUGUGCAGCGCAACAAAGAGGGGAUUGAGGAGGUUAUAGCUAGGCUGAACGAGGCAUUGGAAAAGAAGAAAAAGGAAAUCUCUGAUUUUGAGGCUAAGUACAAGAUCAGGAUACGGAAGGAGCAGGGCGAGGAGAAAGAUGAUAGUGCUCGGAAAGAAGGGACUGCUCAAGGAGUCCUGGUCGGCCCCGCUGGCGGGAGUGAAUGAAUGAUAAGUCUCCAUUUCUAUGCUCUUCCACCACCUUUGUUUCGUCGUCUCGAACUUGUUAAAUGUGUUUUUAAGUGUAGCAGGUGCUAGAGAUGUGGUUGAUCAGGGUAGUAGAAUAGUUAACAAGUUACAACUAUUGUACUGAAAUAUGAUUGUAUUUGUACCCUAUUUAAUUAUGUUUUUCUUACAUUGGUUAAAAUUUCGGGGGAAAACACAAAUUCAUAAAGUUUGACAAAUUUUGAAGGAUAAA